GCUUAUAAUUAUAUGUAAUCAGAAAGGUCUUCUAGACUUCAUUUAUCUUCUCACUUGUAUUAAGCAAGAUGACAGCAAAAGGAUUAUUGGUCUUAAGAACUGUCAUUCUGUGUGUUUGUGUUAAAAUGUUUAGUGUUAUUGGCUUUUAUGUCAUGGUGUUGCAGCUGCUUAUUCCAGGCUUAUUUUAUGAUAAUAUCUUUAAAGUUCCUGAAGUGCCAAAGAAACCUGUGCAAGAGGAGAAGGUUCCAAUUCUUGUAAAGAAAAAGAAGGAUCUUCCACCAGCUAAAGUUCCUGAAGUACCAAAGAAACCUGUGCCAGAAGAGAAAGUACUUGUCCCAGUACCUAAAAAAGUGGAAGAACCUCCAUCAGCCAAAGUGCCUGAAGUGCCCAAGAAAGUUCCAGAAAAGAAAGUACCUGUCCCUGUACAUAAAAAGCCAGAGCCUUCACCAGCCAAAGAAGUGCCAGAAAUACCAAGACCUGCUCCUGAAGAGGCACCUACUUUUAUUCCUGAAGAAGAGGAAGAAGAGGAAGCUAUUCCAGAAAUACCAGUAAAAGUGCCAGAGGUGCCCAAGAGAGCUGUACCAGAAGAAAAAGUACAUGUUGCAGUUCCUAAAGUAAAGAAAAUUCCUCCAGCUAAAGGUAUAUCAUUUUGCAGUGUGUGAAGAUAAUUCUCUUUCCUUAUAUUUUCAUGUUGCAGUAGAAUCGGUUUAUAGUCAUGUGAAGCCACAUCCCAGGUUCUAGCACACUGCUACUCCACUGUAGAUAGUGGAGUGCUAGAUCUCAGGUAAGGCUUCCGUGGGCUGAGAAAUCUGGUCUUGAAUGAUUUAUUUGUUUUCAAUUUUAAAUGUUUGCCAUGAAUUAAAGAAUUCAUUGUGAUAUUGUUAGUGGGAAUUCAUCUUCCUGACUCACAAUGUUUCAACAAAGUACCUGAAAUAAUGUCCUGUGGGACUUUAUCUCAAAAUUCUUCAAUUCAUGGAGAUCAUUCUGACAUAUAUUUUGAAAGUGUAUGUUAUAGUCUCAAGCCUACUAACUAAUACACACAAAAAAGUCAAAACACAGUUGGCUCUGUAAGUAACCAGAAGAUGGAUCCUAAAUGCAAAAUUUGAUGUGGAAGCAGAUUACUCAGAACCUCUUCUUCAAAGCUGAGCAAAGUCUACCUAAGCAGCUGAGUUUUUAGAACAAAAUUGAAAAGAAAACAAUUAUAGGAUAUGUGUUAGAAACUAAAAAAAUCUACAACCACUCAUUUGCAGUUUACAUUGGUAAUACAGUUGGUAAUAAUUAAGUAUAAGAAUUAGGCGAAAGCAAAUUCUCACAUAAUCUCAUAAUCAAAUUGCUAUUUUCAUAAAAGGAAUGGAAAGUAAUGAAUUGAGUUUCCCUUGUGUUACUUACUGUUAUAGUAACUAUCUUAGAGUUGGUGUCUUUUUGUUCUACGUCAUCAAUUUUUCUUUGGAACAUUGCAAAAGUUCUUAAUAUCUUUUAAAGUGCCUGAGGCACCAAAGAAAGUUGUGCCUGAAGAAAAGGUUCCUAUGUUUAUUCCUGAGAAAGAAGAAGAGGAAACUAUUCCAGAGAAAACCAUACCAGCAAAAGGUACAACACUGCUUGCAAG